UAUCCGCAAUCCACCGCGCGACAGUCGAACGUUGGCUUGCGUACGGUUCGGAUCUGUUUUCGCGUACCCGGUGGCGCAUGAUCGACACAGUGUCGUGCGCAAACCGAGCGUUUUGAGAACGGCAGAGAACCUCACACCACCUCAGUAGGCACCGAGCUUGUUUAAAGACAUCGUGUAAACAUCAGCAAGGUGCAGUUUGUGAGGAUACGAAAGCGAAUAGCGCGAAGCAAUCAGUGUGCCAUUUUCCCGACCCCGAAAGUGCCACAAACACUACGGGGACUAUUUUUUGUUUGUUUUUGCGGGAACGUUCCUUCCAGCGUAAGGAAUCGGCCCGAAAGCAUAUCAGCGUAAGGCACCGGGGGAUUGUGAAAAGUGAAAAUAGAAUAGCGCUCGGUUGCUGAUUAGUGCAGUCGCACAGCCUACUGUGACGCCAUUUGUUGUUGUUGUUGCAUCCACACCUAUUCCAGCGGCAGGAGAAGGUGGGCCCUCCGGAGGAACAUCACACCGUUCGAUAGAGAUUAAAGUUAGUUGCGCGUCUGACGUACGACCGCCCCGAGCCGCUAGACGUUACGCAAUUUGCCUGUUAGGUGCAAUCGGUUCUGUCUGUCCACGCGCCUCCGCCAAAGCGACAAGUUCCUGCGGCUACGAGUGUUGGGUAAAGAAGGGACCCGUAAUUGGUUUAAUUGAAUCGUUUGCAUAAAACUUUCUACCCGAGUGUGUCCGCGCGUGUGUGUGCCUCCUGCGUUGCAGCACAGCCUACUACUUAUCGCACUUACAGCAGUGUUUGAAUGCAACAGCCUGUGUGCUGGUGCCGAUUUUUUUGCUGAAAAACGGAAACUUUUCUGCACAGAGAACAUGGAAGUUUGGUUGGUGUGUUUGGGGCUGUUCCUGCGCCUGCUGAACGUGCUGCUGAAACCGAUCGUCGCAUUCAUCGGCGGACCGAAGCGGAGCGCCCGCUUUCCGGAGAUACGCAACGAUAUGCUCAACAUUCCGGCGGUCGAUCUGGCCGAGCGGAUACGCAACAAGGAGCUUCGUUCGGAGGAUGUGGUGCGCGCGUACAUCGAUCGCAUACGCGAGGUUAACCCGCUGAUCAAUGCCGUGGUGGAGGAGCGAUUCGAGGCCGCAAUCGAGGAAGCGCGCAAAGCGGACGUACUGAUCGGCGAAACGCAACCACUGUGGGUGAUCAAGAACUACCCACUGCUCGGCGUACCGUUCACGGUGAAGGAAUCGUGCGGGCUGCGCGGCGCUCCCAUCACCGGCGGCUCCCUUGCCCGCAAGGGCAUGCGGGCGACGGUGGACGGUGAGGCGGUAGCGCAUCUCCGAGCGGCCGGCUGCAUCCCGCUGCUCGUGUCCAACACGCCCGAGUACUGUCUGAACUGGGAGUCGUACAAUCACCUGACCGGGCGCACGCUGAACCCGUACGACAGUCGGCGAACGGCGGGCGGUUCGUCCGGGGGCGAGGGUGCGCUCAUCGGUGCCGGCGCGUCCCUGUUCGGCGUGGGAAGCGAUGUGGCCGGGUCGAUCCGCGUGCCGGCACACUUCAACGGUAUCUUUGGCCACAAACCGACGGCAGGCGCCAUCUCGAUCCACGGCCACUUUCCGAUGUCAACGGAUGAAAAGUUCGCCCGGCUGCUGACGGUCGGACCGAUGUCCCGGUACGCGAAGGAUCUGCCCACGCUGCUGCACAUCAUGGCUGGACCGAACGCGUCCCGGCUCCGGUUGGACGAGUCGGUCCACACCAAGGACAUUCGCAUACUGUACGCGGAGGAUAUGGGCUUCAAUCUGGGCCAUCUGCCGGUGGAUGACGACAUUAAGAUGGCACUCUACCGGGCGGUCCAGUACUUCAAGGGCCACGGGCUGGUGACGGAGCGGGCCGAGUUCGAGCAUAUGGCGGACGGGAUGGAGCUGGCGUUCAGUGUGCUGCAGUCGCUCACGGACGUGCCGAGCAUCUUUCACAAUCCGGACAAUCCGAAGGCUAGCCCCAGCUUGCUGUUGGAGCUGGCAUGGUGUGCCGUUGGCCUGUCGCAGUACAGCCUCGCCGGUGUCAUGUUCUAUGUGAUACUCGGGCUGAAGAACUUUUUCGCCUCCGAGCGGCUCGAGCAGUACCAGCAGCAGGCAGCGGCACUGCGCAAGCAAAUGAUCGACACCCUUGGCACCGAUGGUGUGUUUUUCUUCCCCACCUACCCGACGGCCGCCCUGCGCCACUACGAAUCGUUCGGCCACAUUAUGGGCGUCGGGUACACGAUGCUGUUCAAUGCGCUCGGCCUGCCGGCCACCCACGUGCCGCUCGGGUUCGACCGGAACGGACUGCCGAUCGGGAUACAGGUCGUGGCCGCACCGUACCAGGACCGGCUCGGGCUUUGCAUCGCGCGCGAACUGGAGGCGGCGUUUGGCGGUUGGAAGGCACCGGCCUGAAGCAUGUGGCCUGUGCGUUGACUGAGCCAACGUUCCUUAGCCGUUUUGGUAUCGUUAAGAGAGGUAUACCGAGAAGGGAGUAAGGGAAGGGGGUAAGGGUAUCGUUCGUUUUAAUUUAUAUGUUUUAUUUUAAGCAAAGCGAGCAAAAAAAAAGAGCUAUCGGUGCAAUACAAA